CGGGGGUCCCACCACAGCCGGGGGUCCCAUCGGAGCCGGGGGUCUCGCCACAGCCGGGGGUCCCAGCGCAGCCAGGGAUCCCAGCGGAGCCGGGGAUCUCACCAGAACCGGGGGUCCCUCCGGAGCCGGGGGUCCCAGCUGAGCCGGGGGUCCCAUGGAGGCCGAAGGCUUCGCCCUCUGCCACGCGCCCGCGCUGCAGACCAAAGUGUUCCAGUACCGGCUCUGGGACGUGAACCAGAGGUCGCUGUACCUGCGCGACGGGCAGCUGGUGGCCGGACACCUGCAGGGCGCCAACGCCGCGCUGGAAGAGAAGGUGUUCUGGGUGCCCAACCGCGCCUUCGAGCCCGCCCGGCUGCCCGUGAUCCUGAGCAUCCGCCACGGCUCCCGCUGCCUGAGCACCGAGCGCGGCCCGGGCGGAGAACCCCGGCUCAGCCUGCAGGACGUGGACAUCCGGGAGCUGCCCCGCGCCGGGGACAGCGCGGCCGCCUUCACCUUCUUCCGCUCCUACCGGGAGGGGCUCUGGCGCUUCGAGUCGGCCGCGCACCCCGGCUGGUUCCUGUGCACGUCCCCGCGCGGCCACCAGCCCCUGGCGCUCUGUCGCCACCGCGAUGUCACCUCCAACCUGCUCGACUUCUACUUCCAGCUCUGCUGA